AAUAUCAUCAUACUUCACUUUAUCUUAUCUACAAUUACAUAUGCUUACAAACGGAGGAAUUUGUGUAUUUGUGUGUGAUUUUAAAUUAAUUAUUGGACAAAAGUGUCACUUUGCUAAUACCUUGGGGACUAACGGCAAAAUUUUAUACUAAAAUUCUCCUGGUUCAAAUUAUCCGACUGAAUUCAUCCUAGAAAUGUACAUAGACACACCAAUGCUCCAGAAUCAAAUCACUGGAAAAAUACAAUUCCAUUUCAACCGGUGGAAACCACGUGGCAUCACCUACCAAACCUCCCGCCGGUAGGUGGUUGUUGACAUGAGAAAUUCGAAGUUAAUUAGACUAGUGGAGUACUAUGUUUUACGGUUCCUCUUAGUUGUUUACUUGCUCGUUGCUGCAUCCUACGUUUGUAGGAGUAGAGAGAGAGAGAUGGUGCAGGCGAAGGUGGAGGAGACGUACUACAUAUCACACGGGGCACCCACGCUUUCCAUCGACGAUUCCUUGCCGGCCAGGGGUUUCUUGAAAUCCUUCAGGGACACCGUCUACGGCGGCGCGCAGAGACCACCGCCCACCUCAAUCCUCGUCAUCUCCGGCCACUGGGAGACCGAUUACCCCACCGUCAACGCCGUCUCCGGCACCUGCGACACCAUCUAUGAUUUCUACGGCUUCCCCCAAGAGAUGUAUAAGAUAAAGUAUCCGACACCGGGAGCCCCACAACUAGCGACAAGGGUGAAAGAAUUACUAACGGCAUCUGGGUUCCAACGGGUGAGUGUGGAUAAGAAGCGUGGGCUAGACCAUGGAGCUUGGGUGCCACUCAUGCUCAUGUUCCCAGAGGCUGAUAUCCCGGUGUGCCAGCUAUCCGUCCAGACUAAUAGGGAUGGAACUUAUCAUCAUAAUAUGGGGAAGGCAUUGGCCCCUCUCAAGGAGGAAGGUGUCCUCAUUAUUGGUUCUGGUUCUGCCACUCACAACUUGAGGGCCCCACGCCUGUCAGACGGCUCUGUUGCUUCUUGGGCUUUAGAGUUCGAUACUUGGCUCAAAGACGCCCUUCUCGAUGGAAGGUAUGAAGAUAUCAAUCACUACGAAGAGAGAGCACCACAUGCAAAAGCGGCACACCCUUGGCCAGACCACUUCUAUCCAUUGCAUGUAGCCAUUGGCGCUGCGGGUGAAAAAGCAAAAGCUGAACUGAUCCACCAUAGCUGGCAGAGUGGCACGCUUUCCUAUGCCUCCUAUAAGUUCACAGCAGCUGAAUGAAUGCACUGCGACAGAAAUGCAUAAGCAUAGAUUUGGCAAUUGUAAUUUCCUUUGGUUUGUGCCCUGUUCGAACCAUAAAUAAGAGCAUAUUUGCCUAUAUAAGCAAGGUUGUGUACUGAAUUUUCGUUUGAUGACCUGCUAGUGUGUGUGCUCAAUUGUGUAUUCACAUUAUGAAUGUGUAGAACAGAAAAAGAAAUUCCGAUGACCAUGGAAAUACAGUUUGAAACGAUUUUCGUCGGGUUA